UGGAAACCGACCACCCUAACUAUGGCCCAGUCUAUCACACCGAGAAAUUCGCGCGCAACCUAACGCUCAGAUUCGGCGCGUGGAUGUUACACGCUUCUUCCUCCAACUCCGUCGUCCCUUCCUCCACAUUCUUUGUCCGCUGAUUAAUUAAGGGGGAACUCCAUGAUACCUAUGGCUUAUAAGCAGGUUUAUGCUCAUUAUCAGGCAAGGCUGGCGGGAAUGGUGUCCAUGUUGCCAUAGUUGUCCCUUCUAUGAAGGCACAACUGUUGAGGAACCAAAACAAAGAUGUGCAGGACAUCUCUACCUUUGGCUUAUACUUUCACGUUGUUCUCCAGAACCCCAAACCUUCUCUUGCUCAAUUUAUCAAAAGGCUCAAGAGACAGAUCAGACAGAGUCCAAGCUAUGUACAAAACUUUUCAGAGCAUGUGAAAGCUGGAGCUAAUGGAUCUCUGUUCCUUCGAGAAAGCUGUGAGUUUUUCAUAGCAAAAGAAGUUGAUUGUUCUCUAGCCACCACCACACGGCUAGAGAAUAUUGAACGAGAUGAAAAAUAUCAAGUUUUCUCUGAUUCGGAUCUUGAAUAUGAGAGUAAUGAUCAUGAAGCUCCCGACAGUAGUCCAAGCUCAUCAGCUACCUUUGAAUGUCUGUAAUUCCAUCGACAGCCAAGCAAUGUCAUUCCUCUCAAUAUCUUAUCAGAACAAGAUUCUUGGAAAUUGUUUGUGAGAAAUGCAAGGUCUUUUGAAUCGACCAUUUUUGAGGUUGUAGUGAGGAAGGUAGCCAGAGAAUGUAGGGGCCUACCCAUUGCACUGAUAGCAGCUGCAACCUGCAAGGGCACUUGGACAUAAAGAUCUGGUGGAAUGGCAAAAAGCAGCUCAACAAUUAGAGAAGUCGCAAAUUGCGAACUCUGACCAUGAUGAAGAUGCUUUCGAAUGUAUAAAAUUAAGCUAUGAUUACUUGAAAGAUGAGGACUACAAGUCAUGCUUCUUGCUGUGUUCCCUAUUUCCAGAAGAUUAUAACAUCCCAAUAGUUUGUGCUUGCUUAUAUUUAUUGACACUGCCUGGCCAUAUUUGCCAGGCUUAACAAUCUGUUGAAGCUAAAAGCAUUACUUCCAGUUUAAUAUACUAUGAUUGCUAGGCUUAA